AGAAGCAGGUCCUCUCGCUCAGGCACGCGGUGAGGAUCGACGCCCAGGAACGCAACGCCGACGAGGACGAGGCCGUUAGCCACUGGGACCAGCGCCAGCUGAGUGAGGAGAGGAACAGGCGCGAGCGCGAGGCGCGCCGGGAGCAGCGCGAGCAAGAGCGGCGCCUGGGCGAGGAGGUGGCGGCCAUGGCCUUCCGCCGCCGCUACGGGCCGCUGCUGCCGGAGGUGGUCGCCGCCCUGAAAGGCUGGAAAGAACGACGCAAGCCACACACAGGCUACGUCUGUCUGGGUCCAGACAGGCAAGAAUUCAACUCGCUGGAGGAGGUGGAGUCGUUCUUUGGGAGGAGGCUGAAGGACGAUGGGGGCUGCCCAGAGAUAGACGCGGCGUUCAAGCAGGUGCAGACCGGAAAGCAGAUGUUCCGGGUGCGCCCCGCGGCGACGGAGGAGCCCCGCCAGCCGCAGCACCGGCGGCGGGGGCCGCCGUGCAGCCCGCCGAGCGCCUUCAAGCGCCUCCGGCGGAAGGGCGGGGGCUCGCCGCCGUCGGGCCCGCCGGAGGCGCG